AUGUCAACCUCCAAGGUUUCAAACCAGGCCCUGAAUGCUGUAGCUGACAAGAUUUUGCUCCUUGUUAAAAACUCACAAAAACUUGCAGAAGACCAUCUGGCUGCUUUGACUUUGGCACAUGAGAUUGCCGUGAAUUUAGCAUCUGCAUUCUCACAGCAUGGCCGCACCGCCACCACCAUUGCAUUGAUACUCUUAUCAUGUGCUGCUGAGAUUAGGGACAAUAGCCUCAAUGGCAGGUUGAAGGGGCUGCUGGACUGGUCAAUGAUCUCGGACGACAACAUCUGCAUCUGCACCCAUCCACUAUACCAGAAGACUGUUGGAUACCAGCACCCACUCACAUCUACAACUGCACCAACACCCAUCCCUGCACCGGUUCAGCCAUCAUCACAAGUCUCUAUCGAAGAGCGUGCUGCCUCACUGAUUGUGACACCUCCUGUCACUGAGAUGAAGCACGACCUUUUUGUGCAAGGUAUGACCAAACAGAAAGCCAGCACGAAGAAGAUCAAGCCCACGCUGGCCAAAUUGAAGAAGGCCGUAGUCGGGGAUGAUGAUGACAUCCCAACUCAGGAUGUCAUUUUUGUAAAGAGAAAACCAACAGUAGGGCCAAGGAAUCAGCCCUUGAUAGCAAAAGACCGCCCGCUUUCUGCAACUGAGUCUUCAGAAUCAGAUGCCAAGGAUGCUGUGUCUCCCAAAGAGACAUCAUCUGUCCGCCUCUUCGGCAUGCAAUGCGAACACUGCAUCAAGGACGACAUUCCUUGCACCAUUGUCCUUGCCAAGAAAUCCGGUGAGAUCAAAUGCCAUUUACCGGGUCCUGAAUGUGGUGCUAUCCUUCGAGGGGAAGUUGCCACCCACAAGGCAAAGGUAACUGCAGCUGCAGAGAAGAAGGCAAAGAAGGCAAAGAAGGCAAAGAAGAAGACUGACACUCCAGCUCUUUUGCUCAAGUCAAACGAUAGACCCAAGGCACCCAUGAGUACAUGGUCGACAUGCUCCAUGUCAAAGCCCUGGCCGCAAUCUCCAACACUACCCACUCCUCAUGUGGAGUUGGACGAGGAUACUGACAGUGAUAAUGAUAUGGAUCUCGUAUUGAUCUUCCCCGAACAAGCAACCGCCACACCAAUUUUUCCAACCGUUGCACUCGCAACAUCUCCCACAAAACAUGUCAACGUGGAGUCUCAUCCGGAUAUUGAACAUCAGCAACAACUGGCACCCGGUCCUGCAGACGUCGACUUCGACUGUGUCGAACCACCUACUCCUCAGAUUGGGUUUGAUACCCCCAUCCCACAAGAUGCGGAACAGCCAACAAAUUGGGACCUGCUCCUCUAA